GGGGGGGAGAGUACUGGACUGUACCCCGCAUUGUGAAAGGGGGGUGAAGUGGGGUAUGUUUGGCGCUGCUUACAUAUCCCCUCGACUUCACUUGGCCUGGACCAAAGCUGACGGCUGGACAGCGAGCUCUGGCCACCGCUUUUUAUAAGCACUGCGACAUGGAGCGAUCCUGUCGGGUCAGACAGAGAUGUGGAUUACUUGAUACAUUCUGGUAGCCGCAGCUUAUUGGCACACGGUAUGGAAAAUCGACCAUGCCUGCACAUCGUGGACGUGAUAAUUUACGUCAUCUCCAAAGGCAACGCGAUGAGAGACUGCAAUUCGGGGUCUGGUGGGGUUGCCAUCAAUGUAGCUUCGACUGACAGCUUACGAUAUUUAAAGCCUAUAGAUGCUCGCCAGAAGUUUUCGAGUACCACCGUCGACAAGAUCAUUGGCUAAAUACCUCAUUACAAAAACAUCACAAGCAACAAGCUCCAGCUUCCAGGAGUGGCGAGGACUAUUAAUGUCUAAAUACAACAUGGCUUCACCAAGCAAGAUCCACCUGACACCUGAGAAUACUGGUUAUUUCAAGUUCAAGACUCAAGACUCUGAGACCGCCGCCAAAAUUUCUGAGCUUCUCCAGGAGAAUCACGAGCAACACCAUAUCUUCUUCAACCAUGAAGGAUUUCACAAUCAUAUUGUCCAUCAUCUACUCAGUCUUUACGGUGUCGGGGCCUCAGCCCAAGUCAUUGAGAAGCACUACAAAAACAAUGCGUCCUACCAACGCCCCCCCGUGCCGCUGGAGCAGCGCGUGGUGCAGGACAUGAGCAAUCCCGACCAUUUUCAGAAAUACCUUGGAGAUGAGAAGUACUAUCAUGACUUUCUUGUUUUCUUUCAAAAUGAGAUGGAAAGCAGAGGCUUCGAAAAAGUACUUGACGAUUAUUUGUUUGCUGGGAAUGAAAAGGCUGAUGAUUUGCUGGGAAGGAUGUACGGGGGUUUCUUCCAUCCCAUAAUCCACCUAGGAUUUGGUCUCGAGUUCCAGCAACCAGCAAUCAUUGCGGAAGCCUUGGCCCAAGCAGCAGUCCACGACAACUGGACAGGCAAAUACCUCCUUCGUACUGAAGCAGCAGCUAAAUCUAACCCCAAUCUCUCACUUGACACCAAACUUGUAGACCUACUCGAUGAAAUAUAUGCCGACAACAAGCUGGCUAACUCGGCUCACAUCGAUGAUGCCAAUAAAGUCCGCGAUGGAGUUCUCGUUCGUGCCCCAGAGGAAAUGAUUCGGAUUGCGAGCAAGUGGGUAGUUACACCCGAGACGCUGGGCAAAAAGACAGCUGAGAUGACGAACGCUGCCAUCUUCUUUACGGUUGCUGCUCAGAGACCCCCAAAGCAGGUCAAAUUCGACUUCUUCUACAUGCACUGCACCAACACUUCAAUAUUCUACCCCACUUUCAACUCGAUUACUUUCCUGAGUGCUGCGAACAAGGUCAGAUUGCUGCAAUGGAAAGCCUAUGUCGAUCUUGCACUCUACACAUCGCGAGGCACAGCAGCUCUCCAUCUUUCCGAAAUCUCUCUUUACACGCCCAAAAAGCUCGAGGCCGGGGACGCAGAAUGGGAGGGCAUUUUCCAGCGUCUGACCGAGUUUGCUGACGAUGGCCAUGCCGUUAAAUUUGGUAGAGCCGUUGCGAAUGCCGAGAGGUUGUGUCAGCCAUAUGAGAAGGCUGGAGAGGGAGUUGGAGUCCUCCAUAGUUUCAUGUGGCAGAAGAUCGGUAACAUGAUUGUUGACAGCGUUGAGGAUACGGGAGCUACUUGGGCAAGGAAUGUUGGGUGGGCUGAGGCUUGGAAAGACUACGAGGAUCGUCCGAGGAUGUCGCAGCUGUGAAUUGGAUUUGUCAGAUGACAAGUCGCCCCAUACUGUAGUGUCAUUUUUCUUCAUUUCGUUCUCGCGCGAGUGUUUGGGUACAUAGUUGGUCGUUGACAUAAUCUGGAAUAUCAAUUAUGUUAUAAAAUC